GGAAGCUAUAAAGCGGCGGAGAUUUUGAGCAAAAAAGCAGUCAAAACAAGAAUGAAGGUACUGGGGGAGGAGCAUCCCGAUAUACUAAUCAGCAUAACCGGCCUGGCGUCGACAUUUUAUCAGCAAGACCGAUGGAAGGAAGCAGAAGAGCUACAAGCAAAAGCACUAGGAAUUCACUUAAGAGUGCUAGGAGAUGAGCAUCCUGAUAUACUGAGCAGCAUGGCUCAACUGGCGUCGAUAUUUUGGAGCCAAGGCCGAUGGAAGGAGGCAGAAGAGCUACAAGCGAAGGAACUAGGAAUUUGCUCAAGGGUGCUAGGAGAUGAGCAUCCUGAUACAUGGAACAGCAUGUACAACCUGGCUUUUACCUGGAAACACCAAGGUCGCUCUAGAGAUGCUCUAGCCCUCCUGCGAAAGUGUGUUAUUCUGCAAGAGCGGGUCCUUGGUGCAAAUCAUCCACAGGCAGUAAUACAGGCGGAAGCUCUAGCUGAGUGGGAGGAAGUGAAUAAUUUAUCAUAA